UUCUAACAAAUUUGUUGCACUUUUGAAAUAUAAAUUUCAGUUGUUAAAUUGUUUAGAGCACAGAUUUGUUGACGAUUUGAAAUCUUCCUUUUUUGCGGAUAGUACUGGCUGGUCUCAGACAAAUGUUUGAUUUAGACAUAAUUUCGUGCUGCAUCCAAAUGGUAUGAUCGUGUGUGCUCAAUAUAUAUUUAUUAAAAACAUAUUGAUUUCUAAAAAUCUAAAAAGUGGAUUGAAUUCAUCCACUAAAGGUUUGAUGACUUGAAACAAAAUUUAAUGUAAAUUUUAAAAACAAAUUCUUUAUAUAAUGGACUUUGUAAUGAAUGCUAAAUUUCAGUUCCCUUCCUCCACGGCGACUUUCCAACAAGAAUUGAAAGUUUAUCAAAGUGAACUUGCUGAGAAUGCUAAAUAUCUACAAAGCGAAUUAAAGGUUUUGAACAUAAUGUUGGAAAGCAUGGAAGGUAUACCAAAGACCGCAAAACCAUAUAAGACACUACGUUUACAACUCAACAAAGUUUUCUACUAUGUCAUGAUGAUGGAAUCAACACUUAACCAGAUAAAAUCAUUCUGCCUUGAAUACAAAAAAAUAAAUCUCAGCCCAAGCACAAAAGAAGAAAAGUACACAACCUUCUUUCGUCAGCACGAAGUUCUAUCAGUUGCAAACAAAUUGCAAGGAGAAGGGGAACUAGUUGACUAUGAAAACUGUUUAAAAUAAAAAUCUAACUAGCUUUAGCUUAACGGAUUUCAUAAAAAAAAAACUCAAUUGAAAAUACUAUAUGCAAAUAUAAAAUUUAUGACUGAUGACGUACACACGGAGUAGAGUAGAAAUUUAUUUUGGGUCUUU